AUCACUAAUUGACGGCUUAUUUUUACAAUUUGUUUGAUUCUACAAAUAAACAUUAAAACCCCAAAAAAAUUCGAACAAAAUGAUUAUAAUGCACGUUGAUUUGGAACCGGGGUUCCGCAAGGCCGAUAUAAACAAUUUACCAACCGUAAAUAGUCAAACGGUGUUCGAUUUCAUAGCAAAAGUAGCCAAGGGUCAACAGAAUCUGACGAGGCAACAGACGCAAGAUGCUGAUCUACGUGUGGAUUACGUGCAGAUACGCCGUCUGGCGGAAGAGACUGAUGUCAAGGCAUUGGUGUUUCCCGCCGCAACAGCAUUGGCUUCCCGGGUGGAGGGACAUGUGCGUGUUAGCAUUAAAGUUGAUACCAAAAAACAAGCUAUUACGGAAUCAGUGUGUGACCGGUGCUUGGGAAAGGAAUCAUGUCCUCACAUCCUGACCCUAAUAUUUUGGUUACAUCGUAAAAGUACCGACACAGAUACCCCCAUUGUUCAUGACUUUUGGGGUCAUGAAACAGAAUCUCUCAUGGAAGAAGGUCGCUUAGAAUCACUGAGGCUACGUGACAUCUUUGCCUGUGAAGAGUUGCGCAUGGAAUGUGAUGUAGAAGCGGCUGCUGUAACAGAUGUCGAAGGUGCUGCCUUCCUAGAGGCUGUUUUAGAUGAAAUGGAGGGACAAGAUUUGAAAGAUGCAGCCUUAUAUCGACAUUUUAGAGGAGUGACCGAAGAAUUCGAACCCAUUUACAUACAUCAUACCCUCUUGGAUUCCACAAAUAAUGGCAUAAAAGAUGCCAAUACAUUUCUGCAAUACAUGGAAGAACAAUGCAAACAGGGGAUAUUUGAUCGGGUUGCUGCCAUCUCAAAAAAUUGCUAUAAAAGUUCCCUUUGGCUGGAGACGCAAUACAUGCGACUACGUUGUUCUCUGAUACAUCGCAUUGCCUCGCGUAAAGAUACCAUUGAAGAUGAACAGAUUUUGGAGGCACUGUUUUGUAAAAAUCGUGAUUUCAACGUUGAGGAUAAACAACAAAUGAAACAACACAAACGUUUCAUAUUGAAACAGACUGAGAAACUGGAAAAUAAAACCUAUCAUGAAUGCGGCCUGCUGAUCAGUGAAAGUUAUCCAUAUAUAUGUGCCUCUCCGGAUGGCAUUACGGAUGAUCAUAUUGUGGAAAUUAAAGCACCCAAAACAGAUGAAGAAUUUGAAAAAUACCUAGAGGGUCGGGAAACAAUUGCCCCCAAAUAUAUGGCCCAGAUACAAAUACAAAUGUACACAGCGAAUGUGACCAAGGCUUUGUAUUGUGUCCUCAGUCCCACCUUUGAUACCAAUGGAGCUUUACAUUAUGUUUGGGUCCAAGCCGAUAUGGAAUUUGUGGCAAGUUUACUGAGUGCAGCCGAAGAUUUUUGGAAAGAGGUGGUAUUUCCACGUUUGGCAAAGAUUUAUUUUUAAUUUAAAGGAAUAUAAAAAUUAGUCAUUUGUUUGCAUUAUUGUAAAAUAAUUUAGAGUACGCACACUCACACAAAAUCAUAAUAUGGGAAUCCAAUACAGAAAGUUGGGCGAAAGAAAAACGUGAGUAUUUGUUGGUUCACUAUCUUUACACCUAAAAUGUUCUGUAUCCAGCUAAAUCCCAAACAAUCAUUUUCAUCGCCUCUUUUUAUUAGAUAGGAAACAUAAAUAAAAUUGUGUUUUAAAACCCA